AAGAUUGCUGGUGAGGAAAAGAAAACUUCUUGUAAUGGGGAUUGAACUAACAUCUACCUACACACUUCUUCAGAACCUUUAAAAUCAUAGCCAGCACUAGCACAAUCCAUUCAGUUCGAACUUCAAGAGUUCUUAUAGAAGUUCCAAAAGGAGCUCUGUAAUGGGAAAACACACUUCAGGAAACAAAAUGACAACAAAAAUGUGUGGUGUUUCUCUCUUUUUCUUCUCUCUUCUUGUUCUCUCAGAUGCGAUUACUUUAAGGAAGAUUGGGCUGAACUAUGGCCGCUUUGGGAACAACUUGCCAUCUGCAUAUGAAUCCAUAGAAAUUCUUAGAUCCAUGAAAGCUGGCAGCGUAAAGCUCUAUGAUGCCAACCCUGAAAUCCUGAGACUCUUGGCAAGAACCAAUAUCCAUGUCUCCAUUAUGGUUAGAAAUGAUGAGAUCAUCAACAUUGCUGCCAAUCAGACCACAGCAAACAAAUGGGUUGAAGACAAUGUCCUCCGCUACUACCCUGACACCAUAAUCCGAACCAUUCUCGUUGGCAAUGAAGUUCUCAGCUAUUCUUCAGAUGCAGGAAAACAGAUUUGGAAUCAUCUUGUGCCUGCAAUGCGCAGAAUUAAGAUCUCUCUCAGAGCUCAGGAUAUUCGUAACAUCAAAGUAGGUACUCCACUGGCCAUGGACGUUCUGCAAACAGCAUUUCCGCCAUCAAAUGGGACUUUCCGGUCUGAUAUCUCAACGUCAGUGAUGGUGCCACUGCUAAACUUCUUAAAUAGUACCAAGUCAUUUUUCUUCAUGGAUGCCUACCCUUAUUUCCCAUGGUCUGCAAAUCCCAUCAACAUAAGCCUCAAUUUUGCACUGUUUCAAUCAAAUAUCAAAUACACAGACCCUGGUACUGGCUUAGUAUACACCAACCUCCUAGACCAAAUGCUUGACUCACUUGUUUUUGCCAUGACCAAACUUGGAUAUCCCGAUGUCCGGCUCUCAAUAGCUGAAACCGGCUGGCCCAAUGCAGGCGAUAUUGAUGAAGCUGGAGCUAACAUUAAAAAUGCAGCUACUUACAAUCGGAAUCUUGUUAGAAAGAUGACUGCUAGUAACCCAACCGGCACCCCAGCUAGACCAGGUUCACUCAUACCAACAUUUAUCUUUGCAUUGUACGAUGAGAACCGAAAGACCGGCCCUGGGACAGAGCGGCACUGGGGCUUGUUGCAUCCGAAUGGGACAUCAAUAUAUCAAAUUGAUUUGACAGGGAAGAGAGCAUCAUCAGACUAUGAAACCCUACCUCCAGCACAAAAUAACGUGCCUUAUAAAGGCAAACUAUGGUGCAUAGCAGCACCAGAGGUCAAUCUGACAGAGUUGGAAAGCGCAUUAACUUUUGCAUGCAAUCAAGGAAAUGGGACCUGUGACUCCUUGACCCCAGGGAAGGAAUGUUAUGAGCCACUGUCUGUAACUUGGCAUGCCAGUUACGCAUUUAGCUCGUACUGGGCUAAGUUCAGGAGCCAGGGUGCCAAUUGCUACUUCAAUGGACUUGCUCAGCAGACCACCAGCAAUCCAAGUCGAGGAUCGUGCCAGUUCCCCAGUGUGACUAUUUGAAGACAAUUUAAGCUUCUGUAAGCAGUAUAAGAACAUGAAGCUGAUUUAAUCAAGUUUUAUUUCAGAACUCUCAGUUUUAGCUGAUAUUUAUGACAAAAAAAACAAGUAACGCAGAAGAACAUGUUUCUGACCUCAAAAGAAAACAGUGAGAUCUAUAACAUCAUUUAAGGAAUGGUUUCCAACA